AUGCCUUAUUUUUCUCGUAUAACAUCUGUGAAACAAUGUUGCUUAUGUGUCGAUUUAAAAAUAGGAUGCUUUAUUAUAGCUAUUAUUGGAAUCCUCGACUUCACGGAUAUCGGCCUGGUCUCGCUCUACCCGAUCUGCAGACAUAGUUCUAAGCAAAUCCAAAGUCUCAUAAGGGGAAUUGUCGCCUUGCUUGCAAUCGUUGCCAAUAUUACUGUGGUGUUAACAAGCAUUAUCUUUAUUUAUGGUUUAAUAAAGAACAUAGCAAAAACAGCCGUGUGGUUCAUGUACGCGAUAUUCUUCUCGAUGGUCGUACGAAUUUUGUAUGUUAUUUUAACAAUCAUCUCCGGUCUCUUCUUCGAAGGGUGUUAUCUCUUCGAUUGGCAUAUUCUACAUCAAGUCAUUAUGUUUUUCGUUUGGUUCCACUUUCUGUCAGUAGUGAAGAGCUACCAUGAAACUAUGUGA